AUGACUUCACGAAGAAAUCAAGAUUUUUCAUAUGAAUAUGAGUACAAUUACAGUCAAUCUGUUCCUUGGGUUGAUUGUACCCAAACAAUUGCUAGAGGUUCUUCUUCACAACAUCAAUUACCGGAUGUUAAUGUCACCGAUGUUGAGGUUGAAGAUGAUGAACGUUACAUAGAAUUUGAUGACAGUGAGAUUGAGGAUGAUGAUGAUGGGAAUGAAGGUGACUUAGAAGUGAAGCAAGUGCUCGAGAAUAAGGCAGAACUGCUUAAUGUGGUGAAAGCGUGGCACAUAGAAAACAAUUAUCAAUACAAGACUCAGUGUUCUAACACAGAAAUUAUUCAAUUAAAAUGUGUGAAGGACAAUGCUUGCAGAUGGUAUCUUCGGGCGAAGGAGGAAGAGUCAAUAAAAAUGUGGAUGAUAACUGUGUUAAGAGGGCCACAUACAUGCAUAAGUGCCUCUUUAACACAAGGGCACCAACAGCUGGAUUCUGAGUACUUGGGAAGUGUGAUUUUAGGUAUUGUCCGAGCUAAUUUGAAGAUUUGUGUUGCUGCUAUCCAAGCCUUUGCAAGCACACAACUGAAACAUGAAGUAUCUUAUUUCAAGGCAUGGAUGGCAAAACAUAAAGCAAUAGAGAAGUUAUUUGGAUCAUUCGAGGCAUCAUACGGUGUACUGCCUAAGUUCUUAGGAUCUUUGCAGAUGUCGAAUCCAAGCACAGUUGUCCAUUUCGAGUAUAAGGACUAUAACAACUUAGUAGCAACAUUUGGACGUGUGUUUCGGGCAUUCAGGCCAAGCAUUGAUGGUUCUCAGUAUUGUUGUCCAUUGAUCAACAUUGAUGGCAUGCAUCUGUAUGUAAAAUAUAAAGAGAAGUUGCUAAUAGUAGUUGCAUUUGAUGCAGAUAAUGGGUUGUUCCCAUUAUGUUAUGCUUUGGUCGAUGUAAAAAAUAAUCGAAAUUGGGCAUGGUUCAUAAAUUGUAUCCGUGCGUAUGUUACUGAUUGUCAGGGUGUAUGUGUGUUGUCUGAUUGA